AUGAAUCUGCAUUUAUUGUACCAACAAACAAUGAAACAACAUCUUUUUGGCCUUUUCUUAUUGAUUAACAGUUUUUUUUGGCAGGUUAUAAAAAAAUGUUGGCCUCUUGGCUCUUGUUAUGCUAAAAUAUCCUUCGUCAUCUUUUAUUUCCUCUCGUCUUCCAUGGCUUUGAAAUUUUCUAUAAUUCUCGUUAUAGUUCUUUGGCUCUCAUUCUUCUUUCUCCUCCUCCACCACUUGUAUUCCUUCAACCUCCACCAUCUUUACUCUCUAAAUGCGUAUGAGCCCUUGUUGACGAAGCACCACGACCACCGUCUCUACACCAUUGGAUUAGUCAGCAGAAAAGCUCUCUCCCAGAGAUUUGACUUCACUCCUUUCCAACACCGAGAGAACAACCACCAUCACCGUCCUUCCGGCGAGAAAGACGUUGGCGAUGAGAUCGAUCCUCGUUAUGGAGUGGAGAAGCGCCGAGUUCCCUCCGGACCCAAUCCGUUGCACCAUUGAUGAAUGAAGAUUACACGUUCUUGAUUUGAGUGGUAACAUCAAACCAAAGCCUGAUCAGACUUUACCUAGCUUUUUUAUCUUCAAGGAAGAUGUUAAAGAUUUAGAGUUUUUUUUUUCGCUUUUGUUUUCUUUAAUAGUUUUGGUCUUGAUACUUUUUUUUUUAUCAUAGUACACAAGUAUAUUUAGCUUUAUUAUGACGAUUUUAUCUGUAAAUAUGUUGGUUUACUCAAAAGAAAUAAUUAAGAUAAGAUUAUUGUUUUGGCUU